CUGCAGGCUGCAGCCUCACAUGCGGCGCAACUUGACAACAGAAGAAUACCUAUGCUCCACCACGAAGGAGCUACCUACCAGGUACCUAGUCACCCGCUUAUGCCAAUGGGUGCUUCUUGCUGAGCUAGCCGCCUGUUCGUGCUUUAGUGUUCGUAUCAAGUGAGUAGAAUCAAUUUUGCCUGGUGACGUUGGCUCUUCACAGCCUUCACUUGUGCCCUCUGUUUCUCUAGUUGGUGCAGUCCAGCUUCACAAGCAGGCAACGUUAAGUCCUUUGGUCCCCUUCUAAGUGGCUGUAAUCUAGCAUGGUGGGAGGCAAGCGGGAAGAGGUCCCUGUUGCGACCAUCACGAGCAGCAACAUUUUUGCUGCGCUUGAGAAGAAGAAGAAGAGCAAGAAGCCCAAGGACGGCGCCACCAAGAAGGAUGGCAAGAAGGCCAAGGGAGACGCCGCCCCCAGCGUGGACGUGUGGCAGGCCGCCCCCAUCCAGGUGGCAUCCUGGGCCGACUGCGAGGACGACGACGACUUUGGCGGGUUAGGGCCGGUGCCACAAUGGGGUAACGAUACAGCCACAGUAGCACAGGAGGACAAACAGGCCGCGGAGGAGGAGAGCGACGAAGAGAUUGAGGCGCUGCAGCACGGGGAAGAUGACCACGACGAUGAGCGCGACGGCGACGAGGGAACGGCCGCUGACGCAGACGAUGACGCAGACGAGCAAGGGGAGGGAGCGGGGGAGGCGGGGGCGCCGCGGGAGGCUGCCACCGCCGUGGUGGCGGUGCCGCGGGAGCCGGAGCGGCAGCUGUCCAAGAAGGAGCUGAAGAAGAAGGAGAUGGAGGACCUGGAGAAGGUGCUGGCGGAGCUGGGCAUCCAGGCCAAGGCCAACGGUGUUGCACCCGAGUUGAGGCCGGUGGCGGAGGACAAGGAGGACGCAGCGCGCGAGGAGGAAGAGGACGACGGGGCCAGGGGGGAGGCGGGCCUGCCGCGGACCAAGAGCAAAAAGAGCAAAAAGAAGAAGGAUCGGAGCGAGGUUGCGGAGGAAGGGGCUGAGGCUACAGCGGCGAACGGCGAAUCCAAGGGGGACGAGCCAUCCGACGACGUCGAGGCUGCGGACGAGGGGCCGUUGUUGGACCCCAAAGAGGCGCUGAAAAGGCUCAAGUCGCAAAAAUCGACAAAGAAGAGCGACAGCGUUGCUGCUCGUGCGAAGGCAGCAAUAGAGGAAGCUGCCAAGAGAAAAGCGAAAUUGGCGAAGGCGAAAAGUAAGGAUAAGUCUCACUACAAUCAGCAACCUGUAAGGUAGGUCUGGUAAUAGAGCUCUUGUUUUAGCAAGUCGUUUCGAGUCCAACGUUGUUGUAGCAGAAGCAUGCUUCUGAUUUUACUUGAAGGGAUGUGUAACGCGCACUCUCCGGAAGUGUAUCUUCCAACUGUGUGCUUCAACGCCUUAGUCUAGGUCUAGAAUAUGCUGUAGCUCAGACCCGGGAGGUAGCAAGUAGAGGGACCUGUUGAGAGUUCUAAGCGGUAUGAAUCCCGCUCCUCUUUUUAAAGACGAAUGGAAUGCUUUUUGGUCCCCAACUUGUCUUGAAGAGUCGUUGGAACAUUGGAUACCACCUCCAAUUGGUUUCAUGCUUUUCUUCAUUUAGUCAAGACAAGCAUAGGUGAUUGUGACGAUGAAACGUGACGUAUGGUAUUGCCCGCGCAAGG